AUUGAUUGGUUCGAUUAAUCGAUACCCAUCCUUCCCUAGCAUGCUUUGCUUUUUGUGUUUUUAAAGAUUAGAGUGGAGUCUCUGUUCAUGAUUAAUUUAUUAAUUAUUUAUCAAAUGUUACUCUUAGUAAGUAAGUGGAAUCUGAUCUGUAAUAAAUAAUGUACAAUAUUUCAAGAUUACGAAGUUUUAGAUACUACUGUCAUAACUUUGUUCCAAAGACUUAUAGUACCUCAUUUUUGAGGUCAUGCACACUCUGCAAAUGUAUAACCUCAAAAGUGUUUUCCACUGUCUUAGAUUCUAUAAAUAUUCAGGUACAAAGUGUAAGACACCAUUCCACAAGCUACAACUUGGCAUCGAUCACUAGUGAAUUGAAUAAACGUAGACGAUUCAGACAACAAAAGAAGAAGUAUGCAGAACUGCUUGAAGUCUUGAGUAGUGGAAGUCAUAGCGAGACAAAAGCGAGAGUGAAAAAUCUGAAAGCCAAAGAUGUUUCACUGCUAGCUGAAAAUCCAAAUAUAACAUUGGAGCAGUUGCACGAGCUGAAGAAGGGUAGCGGUGCAGGCAAAGAUGCGCACUUGGCAGAAGAGCGUUUCCCAGCGAUCAUCGAGAAUGACAUUGUUGCCGAGGAGCAUGAGUUUGGAGAGACCGUCGCCGAAAACGAAAUGGAAAAGACUCUGCUGUCAGCCGACGAUCCCGAGCCUGAACCCAUUCUGCCACAAGUCGAUACUUGUGCCAACAAAGAGAAGAAACGAUCGAAAAAGAAACAGAAAGAAACUGUAAGAGAGGAUCUUGCAAAGAUAAAGCUAAAUGAGCUCAAAAAAUCUGGCAAACUCGAAAGCUUGAAUUCAGUGCUCUUGGCCUACAUAGAUGCUUGUGUAAGUUGCGGCUUUUUGAAUCGUGCGUUGGCCACUUUGAAUUUCUAUGUCAAGCGCGGAGGACUUCAUUCUGUGAAACCAACUGACGUCAGAAUAACUGACACCCUUCUCGCCGGCUUCGCAUCAAAGGGCAAAAUAGAGAAAUUUGAAGAGGUGUGGGGAAUAGCCAGAGGACUCAAUAUCACUCCAUCGUACAACUCUUUCACUGCGAGAUUGGAGUGUCUGAUUCGGUCCAAACCAAGAAAUCUAGAGAUGGAUAUUAAUAAUACAAUUUAUGAUAUGGAAAAUCUUAAUUAUAGUUUGGAUGGCCUAUUUGAAAACAGUACAUUCCUUGGUGAUCAACGAAAUCUAGUCUUAGAAGCGAUUAAUCUUGUGGACCCAAACUACAAGCCAACAGUAUUACCAACAGACAUAUGUUACACUUGUGAAUUAUUGAAGCAUUUGAAUGAGAAAAAUUCAUCGAAUCUUGUGUCUGCGACUGAAGGAAUAAUGAAUGCUGAAAUAAUAAAAGAACUUGUCGAUGAGCAACUUGAAAAUGAAAUGAAAGGCACAGUUGUGGUGAAGUCAGUGGAGAAACGCGCUCAGCCGACAACUCUUGUCUUAGCCUAUCGAAAAAAACUAGACACUAUGAAAAAAUUGUGGGAAAGGUCUAUAUUACAGGGUAUGGAAAGAGAUAUCAGUGCCUUGAACUCUGCUCAAACUAAUAUGAAAACCAAUAAAUAUGCUACUUUAUUUCCGUACUUGAAAUUAUUAGACCCAGAGGAGUAUAAAGAUAUAAUCAUGCAAGAAAUUAUCAAGCUUGCUGAAGGAUCAGAGUCGUUCAGUCCAACAACGGUACAGCUUUAUCGAGAUUUAGGCAAAAAAGUAAGAUCAAGGUAUCUGGUCAAAUUUAAGCAACAGCAAGGUUUAUUGGAAAAAUCGCAGUUGAUAUACCGCAACUACUGUGAUUGGUAUGCGAAUCCAAAUUGCAGAGAAUAUUUGAGUAACAAUUCAAGACAAGAGUGGCAGCAGCAAGUUCAUAUGAAUCAGGAAGGUGCAUCUGUGUAUGUGGAAGAGAAAAAAUGGCCGAAUGCUGUUCUCAUUGGAAUUGGAAAAUUCUUGUACAACAUAAUUCUACAUGAUAUCAAGAUAGAUGUUAACUGUUUCAGACUGCUAGAAAACAAGACGAAUGAACACUAUUUACCAGCGUUCUACCUGAUAUUCAGAAGGCAGAGCAACCGGUCCGUAGAAGAAGUCAAACCUCAUCCACUCCUCUCAAAGUUGCUACGUGCCACUCAACAGGAGGAACUGAAGUUUGACGUGAAUCUGGUUCCAAUGCUUUGUCCCCCCAUGCCUUGGACGUCUGUCGACAGUGGAGGCUAUCUUGUUGUCAAGUCUGACCUGAUUAGGCUACCAUAUCAAGCAGUGCAGCAAAACGACAGAAUGCGGGAAGCACCACCCAACCAGCUCUACCCGUCUCUGGAUGCCCUAAAUCAGCUGGGAAACACUCCUUGGAAAGUCAAUUCACCUAUGCUGGAUGUGAUAAUUGAAAUUUUCAAUAGCGGAGGCUCGGCCAAGCUGGACAUUCCGGAGCCACCAUCGUCGCUGCCUCCGUCGGAGCCAAUUACCAAGGACAUGUCCGGCUUGGAGCGGUUCAAAGCUUACCGGCACAGAAUUGCUCUCAAAAGGAAAAAAGCUGAAAUGUAUAGUUUAUGGUGUGAUGCGUUGUAUCGCUUAUCUCUUGCUAAUCACUUUCGGAAUAGAAUCUUCUGGCUGCCACAUAAUAUGGACUUCCGAGGAAGAGUCUAUCCUUGUCCACCACACUUGAAUCACCUCGGCUCUGACAUGGCUCGAUCUCUCUUGUGCUUUGCAAAAGGAAAACCUCUUGGUCCCAAUGGUCUCGAUUGGUUGAAGACUCAUCUUGUCAACCUUACUGGUCUGAAGAAAAAAGAAUCUGUAGAUACCAGAUUAGCCUACGCCAAUGAGAUUCUAGAAGAUAUAAUCGACUCUGCCAACUAUCCUCUUACUGGUGGUAGAUGGUGGGCGGAGUCAGAGGUGCCAUGGCAGACACUGGCCUGCUGCAUGGAGAUCCGCAACGCACUAGCUCACCCCGAUGGCCCCGCUGCCUACGUCUGCCACUUCCCCGUGCACCAAGAUGGCUCCUGCAACGGCCUGCAGCACUACGCGGCUCUUGGCCGCGACCAAGCCGGCGCACAAAGUGUCAACCUCUCCUCUUCUCAGGUGCCACAAGAUGUCUACAGCUGUGUUGCAGCCAUUGUAGAACGAGAACGAGCUAAUGAUGCAGCAAAGGGCGUUGAAGUGGCCAAGGUGCUAGAAGGAUUCAUCCAACGAAAAGUUAUAAAGCAAACUGUGAUGACAACUGUAUAUGGCGUAACUAGGUAUGGAGCUAAACUGCAAAUCGGCAAACAACUAAAAGAUAUCGAUUCAUUCCCUAAGGAUUAUAUUUGGAUUGCCUCAUUGUAUCUGGCCUCAAAAACGUUUGAAAGUUUGAGGGAAAUGUUCACAUCCACCAGAGAAAUUCAGGAUUGGUUUACUGAGUGUGCUCGACUGAUUUCUCAAAUUCGUGGAGAGAACGUGGAGUACGUGACACCCCUGGGCCUCCCAGUUGUGCAGCCCUACACCAGGCACAAGAAAGUUGGAAAUGUCAACCUACUUAAAAGACUGGAUACUGCCAAUGAAUAUUUUACAGUUGAUAAAUUCGAGAGACCAAAUGUAAUGAAACAGAAGAACGCAUUUCCUCCGAACUUCAUUCAUUCGCUGGACUCGAGUCACAUGAUGCUCACCUCACUGCAUUGUGAGCAGAGUGGCAUCACUUAUGUUUCAGUCCACGAUUGUUUCUGGACACAUCCAUGUACCGUUCAUAUCAUGAAUAAGAUUUGUAGAGAGCAAUUCGUGGCCUUACACUCAGAACCGAUUCUUGAAGAUCUUUCAAAUUUUCUGAUGGAUAAAUUUGGAUAUUCAGACGAUGAGUUAUCGGAUGCAAGAAGCAAGGUGAAAUCAACAAAAGAGAGAGUCAACUCGGUCCUGCAGCAACUUCCACACACCGGUGAUUUCAACUUAGAAAAUGUUCUAAACUCUACUUACUUUUUCAGCUAGUAUUAUAGUAGUUUAGUUCAUAAAAUUUAAUCAAACCUUAGUGUGAUAUUAGAGUUUAUUAUUCGCUUACUCUUAUUCAUGUCUUUUAAAAUUAAUGAUCACAAAAAUAAACAUUUUUUAUGGAUCAAA